CCCCGCCAGCUCCAUGCAGGUUCCCGGGCGCGCUCGGCGCACUCAGCUUCCCGGGUUAAUUAGUAGUCUCCGUGUGUGGCUGCGAAGCAGGAGAAGGAGCCCUACAAAAGAGCCCUGGCAGCUGCGGCGGCGCCUGCUCUCCUCCUCCUCCUCCUCCUCCAGACUCUCCCCCUUCCUCCUCCUCCUCCUCCUCCUCCUGCUGCUGCUCUUCUUCCUCAGGCCGCCUGCAAGGAGUCCAGCUCCUUCCUCGGGGGAGGACGAGUCCUCCCCGCCCUGCGCUGGCCAGACCCUCUUUGCUGCAGGUCGCCUUGCUCAGGCUGAUUGUCAGUGCAAGCGAGUUCAACUUCUGCACUGGCAUUUUGGCACAUCUUGGCAGGAGGACUGUUUGUUCAUUCAGGAGGCAUCCCCGACUCUCUGGAGUUCAGAUCCCAGAAACUGCUGCAUUAUGACAAGGUGUUCCUCAGACAUGAUUGUCAUGUGAGUCGUCAGCCAUGGCGAGCAGGAAAUGUCAAACCACCACAGCCAGCAUGCUGGAUCACCGGGCGAGAGCUUCCCCUCCUUUGCCUCAGGGUAGGGAGGCUGAAAAUGAGGGUGAUAACUUGCCUGUGGAGGACUAUGUGGAGACGGAGACGGAGGUUGUGGCUGCCAGGGAAGGCACCCCUACACUGGCCGAGCACGAGUGUCUCGACCACAGUGGAGAUGGCGACUCCAGUUCUGAUUAUGUCAACAACACUUCCGAAGAGGAGGAUUACGAUGAGGGGCUCCCGGAGGAAGAAGAAGGGAUUACUUACUACAUCCGAUACUGCCCAGAGGAUGACGGUUACCUGGAAGGGAUGGACUGCAGCGGGGAAGAGUAUGUCCCCCAUGAAGAACAUCCAGUGGAGACGGAUGAGUGCCAGGAAGCUGUGGAGGAAGCGGAGUGGUCCGACAUGAAAAUGCAGCACCGGGAUGAAUGCGAAGCCAUAGAAGCCCCGGGCCACCACGAGGGCUGCGUCCAGGUUUUGGAAGGGGAGGUGGCCUGCCUGGAGAUCCAAGACCAAGAAGAGAACCUCCAGUAUUGCCAUCCAAGCGAAGAGCGCUACCAGGGUUACUACUCGCCUGAAGCAAAUGGGAAUCCCCACGGGAUGUCUCCUUACCACUCUGGGAAAGAAGAGGCCGAGCUAGAAGAACAGGAGGAAGACAUCGACCAGAUCGUUGCAGAGAUUAAGAUGAGCAUGAGCAUGAGCAGCAUCAACAGCGCCUCGGAGAUGAGCCCGGAGCAUGGAGGGACUGAAAACGUGCCAAAUGACUAUGCAGAGACUUGUCCAAAGGGAGACUCUGGCCACAGCUCCAACAGGCAUCUGGGAAGGCCAAAAUCAUUGAACAUCCCCACUGCAUCAAAGCAAGUGGGAGAUGUACCCAGAGGCUUCAAAACCAAGUCAAGAACCCCCGAGGAAAGACAGACGUGGCCACAAGAACAGGUAUGCAAUGGGUUAGAUCAGCCUCGGAAACAGCAGCGUUCUGAUCUCAAUGGACCAAUCAACAACAAUAAUAUGCCAGAGACAAAGAAGGUGUCCUCCUUCCCAAGCUUUGUUGAUGUUCCAGGACCUUGCGAACCCGAAGACCUCAUUGAUGGCAUCAUCUUUGCAGCCAAUUACUUGGGCUCCACACAGCUGCUCUCGGAGCGCAACCCCUCCAAAAACAUCCGAAUGAUGCAAGCCCAGGAGGCGGUGAGCCGCGUCAAGAGGAUGCAAAAGGCAGCUAAAAUCAAGAAAAAAGCGAGCUCUGAGGGAGAUUCCCAGGCUUUGACAGAAGUGGAUCUAUUCAUCUCCACACAGAGGAUUAAAGUUCUGAACGCAGAUACACAGGAAACCAUGAUGGACCAUGCACUGCGCACCAUCUCCUACAUUGCCGAUAUAGGUAACAUCGUCGUUUUGAUGGCCAGGCGCCGGAUGCCCCGAUCGGCUUCGCAGGACUGUAUUGAGACGACCCCCGGCGCACAGGAAGGAAAGAAGCAGUACAAGAUGAUCUGCCACGUCUUCGAAUCAGAGGAUGCUCAGCUGAUUGCCCAGUCAAUUGGCCAGGCCUUCAGUGUGGCAUACCAGGAGUUCCUCAGAGCUAAUGGCAUCAACCCUGAGGAUUUGAGUCAGAAGGAAUACAGUGACAUCAUCAACACCCAGGAGAUGUACAACGAUGAUCUGAUCCAUUUUUCCAACUCGGAAAACUGCAAGGAGUUGCAGAUAGCCAAACACAAGGGCGAGAUUCUGGGUGUGGUCAUCGUGGAGUCUGGCUGGGGCUCCAUUUUACCCACAGUGAUCCUGGCCAACAUGAUGAAUGGGGCCCCUGCUGCUCGUUCAGGGAAACUCAGCAUCGGGGACCAGAUUAUGUCCAUUAACGGGACCAGUCUCGUGGGGCUUCCCCUGGCAACAUGUCAAGGAAUCAUAAAGGGUCUUAAGAACCAGACGCAAGUGAAGUUGAACAUUGUCAGCUGCCCUCCAGUCACCACUGUCCUUAUAAAGCGACCGGACUUGAAAUACCAGUUGGGCUUCAGUGUACAGAAUGGAAUUAUCUGCAGUCUGAUGCGAGGUGGGAUAGCUGAGAGAGGUGGUGUCAGGGUUGGCCAUCGCAUCAUUGAGAUCAACGGUCAAAGUGUCGUUGCCACGGCUCAUGAGAAGAUUGUACAAGCUUUGUCAAACUCUGUGGGAGAGAUUCAUAUGAAGACAAUGCCUGCAGCAAUGUUCAGGCUGCUAACGGGACAGGAGACACCACUGUACAUCUAACUCUCAUGAAAAGAACUGAAUGAUCCCAGCCAUUCUAGAACCUUCAAGAGGAAUUUUUGUAUUUUGUAGGAACAGAAAGGGUUUGAACCAAUUCGUGGAUAUAUUCUGGAACCUCAACAGAUCCAGCUUCUUUGCCUUUUUCUUCUCCAUUUCUUUCUCUUUUAAACAACAUUUUGUUGCCAAAAGAUGAAUCUGUUACUUAUGGACCAAUAACCAACUGACACCACCUUUCCAAUACAUGGAAGUAUUUUGCAACAUCAUCUACAAAGCCCUUUCCCUGUGGAAGCUGGCAGCAUAGGGCGGCAUCCACCACAACCGCCCCCUGUGCAAACCCCACUGGUGUGUUGUCUGGGAUCCAGCUGCAGGCAGUGGGGCCUGCGCAAUCCCUCUUGCUGGUGGAUUCUGCUUGUGGCAUUUAUUUGAACACUGACUGCGGCAUGCCCGUCCCAGGUAUGCACCCCUGCUGCUUCUAAGCAAUGUGGCAAAACUGCCUGUGUAAUUGGAGGAGAUAAGUGAGGGCAGGCCAGUUUCAAAAUGACCAAGAAUGUAUGCACUUCUGGCUGGGGCUGGGGGUUGGGGGUGGAGUGUUUGAUGCUAAUCCAAUGAAAAGCUACUGUUGUCCUUGGUAUUCUUAUUGACAAGUGUAACGUGUUAACAAGUUUUGAUGAAACGUGACUUUAAGUGUGGAACAAGGGGUGGGGGCUGGUGGGGGUGAUGGGGAGGAGGAGGUUUUUUUUUAAAAAAAACAAACAAAAACCCAGAUGCAAAAUAACAAAAGACUUGCCGCAAUAUAAAGCUGGAUAUUUAUUUAGAUCAAGUAAAUUUAUGGUUUGGAAACUGAAGUUUUUUAAUGACUGAAAUUGUUCUUAUGGAUUUGCAUAUGGGGUACAUGGGGUUCCUAGUUUUUAAUAUCCCACAACCUUCCAUCUAUUCCUCUUUGGUUGAACUUGAGUUUACUACCAGAAAGCCAUGUUUAAAUAGUUUUAAGGUCAAUCCUGUUUCCUUUUUCUUGUUUUUUUUCUGAGCCAACAUGUGGUCUGAAUGUAAAUGAUGGCUGCAAUGGGGAAGUCAUCGCCAUCAACAGUAUUAGAAUUUGUGGAGAUGAUAAACCGAGUACUAGUAAUGUCGUGUUCAUUAUGAGAUAAAUGUCAACUGAUGUAA